GGUAGAUGGGUCACAACGGUGACGAGGAGAGGAGAGGAGUUUGCUUUGCCCUGCUAGGCUAAUGGCAGCUCACAAGUCGAGACUAGAAACCGAAAGGCGUGAGAAUUUGGCCAUUUCUUAUUGGUUUGGCUCAGAAAACUCCAAACUCGCUGCCAUCGAGUUGUAGCAACGGAGAAGAAACCCUGCUUAUGUUUCUCUGGAAACCCCCCUGGUAAGUGUGGAGGCGGCGGCGGCAGGACACUCUGACCCAAGACAAAAGGCCUGUAUGUAGCUCCAGCCAAAGAAAAUAAACCUUAGGAGAGAGAAGAAAAAAAAAAGCCAUCAGCUGUUCCCGAGAACAGCCUGCAGUGGACUCUACGGAGGACAGCUAACGUGGUGAGGAAGUGACUGGAUGUGGACUGCGCAGACAGUAAGUCACGUGGGCCCGGAGGGCCUGGACUGGGUUAGGAACAAUUGCGCAUUCCGAAGUGAGGUGUCCCGAAGGGAAAAGUGAAUGUGGUCUGGAGUGUGGCCUUGGCUGCCUGGGGUGCGCUUUCCUCCAGGGCCCUCAGGGAGCUCAGCCCCUGUGUCUGGCCAGGGUGGGGUGCAGGGAUUGGCCCUGAGGAGGGUGACUUGCUGGCGGGAGCAGCAGCGCAGUGGCCUUGAUUCGUGUGUCCGAAGAUUUAAGAACCAAACAGCAUAAACAUUCUGGUCCUUCAGCAAUGCUGUCUCUGAAGAAAUACUUAACGGAAGGACUCCUCCAGUUCACCAUUCUGCUGAGUCUGAUUGGGGUACGGGUGGACGUGGAUACUUACCUGACCUCCCAGCUCCCCCCGCUCCGGGAGAUCAUCCUGGGGCCCAGUUCUGCCUAUACUCAGACCCAGUUCCACAACCUGAGGAAUACCUUGGACGGCUAUGGUAUCCACCCCAAGAGCAUAGACCUGGACAAUUACUUCACCGCCCGGCGACUCCUCAGUCAGGUGAGGGCCCUGGACAGGUUUCAGGUGCCGACAACCGAGGUAAACGCCUGGCUGGUCCACCGGGACCCCGAGGGGUCUGUCUCUGGCAGCCAGCCCAGCUCAGGCCUCACCCUCGAGAGUUCCAGUGGCCUCCAAGAUGUGACAGGUCCAGACAACGGGGUUCGAGAAAGCGAAACGGAGCAGGGAUUCAGUGAAGAAUUGGAGGAUUUGGGGGCUGUAGCCCCUCCAGUCAGUGGAGACUUGACCAAAGAGGACAUAGAUCUGAUUGACAUCCUUUGGCGACAGGAUAUUGAUCUGGGGGCUGGGCGAGAAAUUUUUGACUAUAGUCAUCGCCAGAAAGAGCAGGAUGUGGACAAGGAGCUUCGAGAUGGAGGCGAGCAGGAGGACACCUGGCCCAGCGAGAGUGCAGAGGCUCUGGCACCGAACCUGCUAGUGGAUGGAGAGACGGGGGAAAGCUUCCCUGCACAGUUCCCAGCAGACGUUUCCAGCAUAACAGAAGCAGUGCCUAGUGAGAGUGAGCCUCCAGCUCUUCCGAACAACCUCCUGUCUCCUCUCUUGACGGGGACGGAGUCGCCAUUUGACUUGGAGCAGCAGUGGCAGGAUCUCAUGUCCAUCAUGGAAAUGCAGGCCAUGGAAGUCAACACGUCGACCAGUGAAAUCAUGUACAAUGCCCCUUCUGGAGACCCACUGAGCACCAACUACAGCCUUGCCCCCAACACUCCCAUCAAUCAGAACGUCAGCCUGCAUCAGGCGUCCCUCGGGGGCUGCAGCCAGGACUUCUCCCUCUUCAGCCCUGAGGUGGAGAGCCUGCCUGUGGCCUCCACACUGCUCCCUUUGACCCCCAGUAAUUCCACCAGCCUCAACUCUACCUUUGGCUCCACCAACCUGGCGGGGCUCUUUUUCCCGCCCCAGCUCAAUGGCACCGCCAAUGACACUGCAGGCCCAGAGCUGCCUGACCCCUUGGGGGGCCUGCUGGAUGAAGCCAUGCUGGACGAGAUCAGCCUCAUGGACCUGGCCAUUGAAGAAGGCUUUAACGCCGGGCAGGCCUCCCAGCUGGAAGAGGAGUUUGACUCCGACUCAGGCCUCUCCUUGGACUCGAGCCAUAGCCCAUCCUCCCUGAGCAGCUUGGAAGGCAGCACUUCCUCCUCAUCGUCCUCGUCCUCGGCUUCUUCCUCAGCUGCCUCCUCCUUUUCCGAGGAAGGGGCUGUUGGCUACAGCUCUGACUCUGAGACCCUGGAUCUGGAAGAGGCAGAGGGGGCUGUGGGCUACCAACCCGAGUAUUCCAAAUUUUGCCGCAUGAGCUACCAGGAUCCAUCUCAGCUCUCCUGUCUGCCCUACUUGGAGCACGUGGGCCACAACCACACGUACAACAUGGCGCCCAGUGCCCUCGACUCUGCUAACCUGCCGCCCACUAGCACCCUUAAGAAGGGCAGUAAGGAGAAGCAGGCUGACUUCUUGGAUAAGCAGAUGAGCCGGGAUGAGCACCGAGCGAGAGCCAUGAAGAUCCCUUUCACCAAUGACAAAAUCAUCAACCUGCCUGUGGAGGAGUUCAACGAGCUGCUGUCCAAAUACCAGCUGAGCGAGGCCCAGCUGAGCCUCAUCCGAGACAUCCGGCGCCGGGGCAAGAACAAGAUGGCAGCGCAGAACUGCCGGAAGCGGAAGCUGGAUACCAUCCUCAACCUGGAGCGGGAUGUGGAAGAUCUGCAGCGGGAUAAGGCGAGGCUGCUGCGGGAGAAGGUGGAAUUCCUCCGCUCGCUGCGGCAGAUGAAGCAGAAGGUCCAGAGUCUCUACCAGGAGGUAUUUGGGCGGCUGCGUGACGAGAACGGUCGGCCCUAUUCUCCCAGCCAGUACGCGCUCCAGUACACCGGGGAUGGCAGUGUCCUCCUCAUUCCCCGCACGCUGGCUGACCAGCAGGCUCGGCGGCAGGAGAGGAAGCCAAAGGACCGGAGGAAGUGAGCCUGGGGAGGAAGGGGUUGACGCUCACCAAGACCGAAACUGGAGAAGGGCUGGGCCUGAACCUGGACCGAUAGUGGGGACUUUACUGCCUUCUUAGCCAAUAUAUCUUCUCAGAUGGGAUGACUGCGGGUCAGUACAUAGAGGAGAGGCGGGCACAGGUGGUCUGGCUCAGCUUCCCUCAUGAGGGGCGUGUGGAAGUGGCCCUCAAAAGGAAGGGGUGGUGCUGCCUUCAGUUGCCCAAGGUGGAGGAGCUGCAGGGAACAGCGGCUGGUGGGAAGGAGGGGACUGGGGAGAGGAGGAGGAGGGGACGGGAGUAGAAAGUAGAAGGAAGGAAGGAAACCCUCUCAAAAAAAUCAAAGCGGGAAGAAAACCAAGAGAAGGCUUUGGCCAGGAUUCCAGGCAGCAGUUUUUAGUGACUUGGGUGGGACUAGGUUAUUGGUGGGAGUGAACCCCAUUUCACCCUGGGGAGGGUUGAGACACAGACAUUGGGGGUGGGAGCGAAGGGCUUGGUAGCUCUUUCUGCUUCCUGAACUUUGGUGUCCCUGAAGGGGAAUUCAGAUGUCCCGUUAAUUUUCAGUAGGGUGGGGGCCCAGUGCUGGCUUUGAGGUUGAGGGUCAAAGGGGCAGUGAACAGGAAAGGGUCACAAGGCCUUAAAUUGCUGCAGCCCUAACACCAAGCAUGUCACUCACUGCCCUGCCUCGCCCAUUGCCCUCUGCUCCAGCCCUCGAGGGAGCCUCCUGUCUCCAUCCAGCCUGCAUGUGAAUGCUGUACUCUUCCCCACGGACCCCACUGCUGCCUCAAGCUGAAUAGUGGGCUUUUGGCAGUGCCUCCUUACUGGGUUUGUGUUCCAACCCAGGUCCCCCUCCUCUGUGGAGGCGGGUAGGGGAUGAGGUGGCAAGGAGGCCAGAGCAAAAGCCUCCAGGCAGUAUUCAGCACAACACUGGGGAGUGACCCUUUCCUCAGGCCUCCCCCUCCGAACUGGGCUUGUCACUGAAAAAAACCCUCCUCAACCCAGCAACAACAAAUCUAGUCCUCUUAGGAUUUCUUGCGCUUUGAUUUUUUUUUUUUAGGGCUUGAGCUGUUUCUUAUAGGGUCUAGAAUGCUUGUGUUAAAAAGGAGAUGCCCCAAUAUUCAAAGCUGCUAAAUGUUCUCUUUGCCAUAAAGACUCCGUGUAACUGUGUGAACACUUGGGAUUUUUCUCCUCUGUCCCGAGGUCGGUCUGCUUUCUUUUCUGGGUUUCUUUCUAGGAGACUGAGACGCACAUGUCACCAUGUCACGGAGGUGGAGUGCACCCCUCCCCCAGGUGCUCCACUCUGGGGAAGGUGGGGUGGGAGCAGGCAGGAGCUCCAAGGUGGCUGGCUAGCUGGUUCCAGGAGUCCUGUGUCUAGCUGCCACCACUGCAGGUCCUGCCUGGCCUUGGAAAACUCUGCCCAAGCUGAGCAGGAGCGAGUGGAAGGGAAGCACUUACUCUUCUCCCCUUGUGGGCUGUUCUCACUGAGCAGCAGGGCCAGGAGGCUCGCCCGAGCAGGGCAGUGCUUUUAUAAAUUAUUUUCCUUGUAGAUUUUAUUUUUAAUUUAUCUCUGUGACCUGCCAGGGAAAGGAGAUCAGAGGAGAAGAGAGAUGCUGUGAGCACAUGACAAAAUAAAAUAAACAGACGAUUCAUUCUCA